GUUUAGUUGUCAAGUGGGAGGUUGUAAGGCAGAGCUGAGCUCGUUCAUGUUUUGGAAGAGGAUAAUCACAAUUGUGUAGUUGAACUGUUAUUUAUUGAUUUAUACAUAAUUUUAUCGGCCUAAGAUAAAAAUUAUUACAAAAUGACGGAAGCAGUAGAUUAUUUUGAUAUCAGGAAGACUUAUGAAAGCUUCAAUUCGUCCUUGUUAGAGGAUGAGGACAUUGAUAUUGGUUUCUAUCUGGAAGCUUAUAAGGAACUGUGCAAGUUCUGUGGUUUCUUGGGACCAGUAUUUUCGUUUGUUAAAAAUGAGAUAGUCAGUAAAUCGGAAAUUAUGCACCAGCUGAGAAAUAACUGCCAAGAUGAUCAUUUUGAAACUGUAAAAAAGAUGAUAGAGUAUGAAAAUGAAUCUCAAUUACUACAUAAGAAAAAUUAUGUUUCUGGUUGUCGGACUUUUUUGAGGUUACAUCGAGGAUUAGAUUUUAUUAGAACAUUUUUGAGGAGAAUAGGAGAAACCGAUCUCGAUAGUGAAACUAGUGCCAUUGGUUAUGAUUCAUAUUCUAAUACUUUAGGAAAAUACCAUGGAUGGUGCAUACAACAAGCAGCAUACGUAGGAAUGAAAUUUCUGCCAAAGAAAAAAAAUCUUGUAUCAAAGGUCUGUGGAAGUAACUGGGAGGAAAUAGGAAAUAUUCUUCCCCUUAUGUUAAAUGCUGCAGACGAGGUAUACAACAGGACUGAACAGUGCUACAGAACUAACGGCUUGCUUGAUCUACCAUGAAUAUCGUACUUUGAACUUUAAAUAUUUUAUCUGUGCCAGUUAUAUAUUUAUUUAUACGUCAUAUUGUCUGUGAUAAACGAAGACAAAUAAGCAUUUGUAUUGUAUUUUAU